AUGACGAGAAACUAUUCGGUUUCACGGGGCCUCCUCCUUUUCUGUCUUGUCCUCUCCACUAAUGUUCUUGACGCUGCAAAUGCAAGAAAAUUGAAGCUUUCGAGUGGCAUGAGUGCUCAUGAAAUGGGAAAUGGCCUUCCAGAGGACACAAACGUUAAAAAGGAAGUGAACCUUUUAGAGCUCACGGUUGGAGGUUAUGGGGGGGUAUCACCUGGUGGUGGCUCUGGCAUCGGGAUGAACGGAGGCUUUGGCUCAGGUUACGGUGGUUCUGGAUCCGGUGGGGCUGGAGGUGGUGGAUUCGGUUCGGGCAUUGGUUAUGGGUCGGAUGGUGGGUAUGGACCUGGAAUUGGGUAUGGCUCAGGUUCAGGCUUUGGUGGUGGCGGUGGUGGGUUAGGCGGCUCAGGUGGCAUCGGAGGUGGUGGAAUAGGCGGCUCAGGUGGCAUUGGAGGUGGUGGAAUAGGCGGUUCAGGUGGCAUUGGAGGUGGUGGGUUAGGCGGCUCAGGUGGCAUUGGAGGUGGUGGAUUAGGCGGUUCAGGUGGCAUUGGAGGUGGCGGUGGAGUAAGUGGUUCAGGAGGCGGUGGCGGCGGAGUUGGCGGUUCAGGAGGCAUGGGUGGUGGUAGUGGUGGUGGUGGUGGUGGUGGUUAUGGAGGCAACAUGAAUAAUCCUUGA